UGCUGUGGGAAUAUUAUUAUUUCUGUUAUUACAAGUGUUUCAUAAAUCUAAUGGUAUUAGUUUAUUAUAAUAUGUUACACUGAUUCAUAGUACUUCGCAGGCAAUUUUCGUACUAUUCAGUGGGGUGAAGGUCAUCCGCUUGCAGGUGCGUGUGAGAGGUAUCGGCGUCCACAAUAUCAUUAGAAUUAUAUGUUAUAACCCUCCACCAUGGCUAUGAAAAGUUAUAACAACAACCAGCAAACAAUGAUUGGUCCCCAAAUGCCAUCCAAUCGUGGGAACAUGGAUCCAAACACCAACAAUGCUCCUCUUAGCUUUAACAUGAACAAGGGGAGACCACCCAUGGGCAUCAUGAUGGAUGGAAGUCGAAAUGACCCUUCUGGUGCGAGCCCAUCAGGAGGAAUGAUGGGGAAUUCUGACGGUAGUAACAACAAUAACAUGAUGAUGGGAGGCCAGGGAUACUAUGGCCCUAUGAUGCAGAACCCCAUGAUGGGCCCAGAUCCCAACAUGAUGAUGAUGUUUAACCAGUACGGAGGCUGGGGUCCUAUGGGGCCUGGUGGUCCAGGAAUGGGGCCAGGUGGUCCUAUGAUGGGGGGCCCAGGGUCAGAGUUCAUGCCAAAGGAGAUAAUGACACUGAAGUCAAGUGUACUCUACCCUCCCCCUCAAAAUGCUACACCUCAGACGACCAGAGAACGACCAAUGGGGUGCAGAACUAUUUUUGUUGGGGGUCUACCAGAGAAUGCAACAGAGGAAAUGAUUGCAGAGAUAUUUGAGAACUUUGGGAAUAUUGUCAGUAUCCGCAAAGGCAAAAAGAACUUUGCCCAUAUUCGAUACGAGAUGGAGGACAGUGUGGAGAGGUCUAUGUUCGUGUCAGGAUACAGAAUGAAGAUAGAGGAUAAAGAUGACAAACCAAACACAGGCCGUGUCCACGUGGACUACGCACAGGCCAGGGACGACCAGUAUGAGUUUGAGUGUAAACAACGUGCCGUCAUCCGUGAGAUGCGUCACUACCAGAGGAUUGAGGAGGAUAGACUACGACCACCCAGUCCACCACCGGUGAUACACUACAGUGAUCACGAGUCACUCACACUUCUUGAUAAGCUGAAAUCUGAUGGUGAAUACCAGAUGGCAAACAAUGUGGUUAUCACAUGGCUUGAGCGCGGAGACUUGACGAAGCGGAAUGUAGCUAACUUCUACAGUCUCAUCCAGUGUACUAACUCACAGAUCCGCAAACUCCUGGGGGAGAAGAACGAGGCCGAACAAGAUGUACAACGGGCAAAGCAGAAGUUCCAGGCAGCAUUUGAGGGCAUCAUUCAACAGUUCGAUCAGAUUGAGAGGGUGUUUUCUUCCGCUCUCAAACAGAGGAAUUGGGAUCAUUUUUCUAAGGCUCAGCGCAAGAACAUUGAGCUUUGGCACAAACAACUGCAGGAGAUCAAGAAACAACAACAGGAGGAGUUCCUAGGCUCGCGUGAGGAGGACGACAUGGAGAUGUCUGAUAAUGAUGAGGUGUGCGAUCCUUCUGCUGCCAAGAAGAAGAAAAUGGACGAUCAGAUUGCUGCGUCUACCCUACACAUACAAGAAAACCAGCUUAUGUUUCUGCGUGAGGAUAAUGAGGCCCUGAAGCGCCAGGUGGAAGCUUUCCAGAAUGAGACACAUCUGAUUCGCCAGGAGAACAAGGAUGCUUUGGUGGAGAAGGAUAACCAGAUGAAGAUGUUACAGACCGUGCUACAAGGCAUGCAACAACAAUUGAUCCAGACUCGGAUGCAGAUCAAAGAAAUGGAGAAGUACAAGGCAUUGGCCUCUAAAGUAACCAGCAGUGCCGGAGAGAAGUCCAAGGAGAAGGAAGCGGACAAGUCUGGAGACAAGUCUGGAGACAAAGAUAGUACGGGGGACAAAGACAGCACUGACGACCAGACAGACACGGCUACAGAUACCAAGGACACCAGUGCAACAGAACAGGCUACAACAGAAGAUAUUGAGGAGACAAAGGCAGAGAAGACACCAGUCACAGAUAUCCCAUUCUUAAACUUCUCAUCUUUAGUCAGCAGUGGUACCAGUCUGACCAUCACCGAGAAGGAGGCCAAGUUGAUAGGUCUGAUCUGCUGUUUCCUUCACGUCCAUCCUAACGGGGCAAGUGUCGACUACAUCUGGUCCUACCUACACCAGCUCGGCGUAUCGUCACGCACCAGUGAACUCGAAGAUUUGAUGGAAAGAUUACCAGUGCUGUUCAAACUUGUGAUGUCCGGUGUCGGGGCUUCCAUCGAGAAGAGAUGGCAGUUUCUUGGUUAUCAGUCGAAGACAGUACCCUUCUUCUCCAUGGGGUAAUCUGGACACGAGUCACAAUGGGACGGGAUCACAGCAUCAGUACUGAAGCUUUAACCAGCUUAAAACAAGACGAACUCUAACAUUGUUUCAAUGGAACAUGUUACUUGUGGUAUCCAACCACAAACAGGAAGUGAAUAAUAACAUUGCUACUGAAAUGUUGUGAAAUUUGUCACAAAUUGAGGCUUCAUUUGACAGAAAAGAGCUCCAAUGUGAAGUGGAUUGAGUAUGGAGAUGCACUGAUUUUUGAGUUUCUGUUUAUAGCUACAGGACUUUUAUUAUGUGUUCUAUCAUAUUCUGAUAUGUAUUGUAAAGUGUGUGAUUGUUUGAAAAAAACACCACAAAGGUAUGUAUUUCAAUCACAAACAUGGUUAUGGAGUGGGGUGUGUUCUUUAAGGGGUUGGGGGUAAGGGAUAUAGUAGCAGGUUAGGGGAGUGUUUUAAGGGGUUGGGGGUAAGGGAUUAUAGUAGCAGGUUAGGGGAAUGAUUUAAGGGGUUGGGGGUAAGGGAUUAUAGUAGCAAGUUAGGGGAGUGUUUUAAGGGGUUGGGGUAAGGGAUUAUAGUAGCAGGUUAGGGGAGUGUUUUAAGGGGUUGGGGGUAAGGGACUAUAGUAGCAGGUUAGGGGAGUGUUUUAAGGGGCUGGGAUAAGGGAUUAUAGUAGCAGGUUAGAUGAGUGCUUUAAGGGGCUGGGGUAAGAGGGGUCUUGGGGGGAGGGGAAUGAAGGAUGACUGACUGAUGUGAAUGAUGGAUGUGGAGUAUAUCGUAAAGAAAUUUAGUUUGACAAGUAGAAUUACAAUGACUUGCCAGAUUGACAGUGUGUAAUAUUACUGUUAAGUGAUGUUGUUUAGGACCAAGAUGAGAAGCUUUACUGUGGUAUAUUACCACUAUGUGAUGUGAAUGUUAUUAUCCACUGUACACAUCAGGGCUUGUCCUACACAUCAGGUCUUGUCCUACACAUCAGGGCUUGUCCUGUCCUACACAUCAGGUCUUGUCCUACACAUCAGGUCUUGUCCUACACAUCAGGGCUUGUCUUACACAUCAGGGCUUGUCUUACACAUCAGGGCUUGUCCUACACAUCAGGUCUUGUCCUACACAUCAGGGCUUGUCUUACACAUCAGGGCUUGUCACACACAUCAGGUCUUGUCCUACACAUCAGGGCUUGUCUUACACAUCAGGGCUUGUCCUACACAUCAGGUCUUGUCCUACACAUCAGGGCUUGUCUUACACAUCAGGGCUUGUCCUACACAUCAGGUCUUGUCCUACACAUCAGGGCUUGUCUUACACAUCAGGGCUUGUCCUACACAUCAGGUCUUGUCCUACACAUCAGGGCUUGUCUUACACAUCAGGGCUUGUCACACACAUCAGGUCUUGUCCUACACAUCAGGGCUUGUCUUACACAUCAGGGCUUGUCCUACACAUCAGGUCUUGUCCUACACAUCAGGUCUUGUCCUACAAAUCAAUGUAAUAUUGUAAAGAAAACUUUUGUGGAAAUAUUCAUAAUUGUUUGAAUAAUAAUUCAUUUCUCCUUUUUGUAAGGAAGUUUGUUUGUAUUUU